AUGUUCAAGACUCGAACAAUAAAGCCAGACUUUCAACUUGUCAAGACUCUUGGUGCCGAUGGCAAGCGAAGAGUCAAGAUGGAUCUUUCGGUCACAAAGCUCAACGAACACCCGCAAAAGCUGUACCUACAGUCUUUUCAAAUGCUGCUCGUAGGCUACACCAACAUUCGCGCUGGUGCGGCUACUCACGGACAUUUGUCAUUCUGGACCCUGCAAUCGCUCAGCAAUAUCGGUCUUCAGGUUUUUACUGCGUCUGACGCAUCCGGAGCGAAGCGUACGAUUGAUUCCAAACUUUGGGAUGGCAUCACUCUCGACGAUAGUGUGGUGCCACACUUUGCGACCUGCAAUCUGGAGCGAAGAUAUAAGCUCGAAGUCUUGAUGGGCUGGCAGUGCCAAAGUGGCGAGCACGCUGGAAGGGUGUUCUUUGUGCAAGCGAGAACGCCAGUGCGCAUCUCUUCUGGCAUUCAACGCAGUAGACAGAGCGCGAAGUCUGAAGCUUGGACUGAGGAUGAUCUGGCUGUAAAUGCGGAUUUUGAGAUGUCGCAAUCGCUGAGAAGCGAGGGGUCGUGCGCCAGAUACUCCGCGCCACCAACGUAUGAUGAAGUUGUCAAACAUCAGUCAAUAGUGGGCUGA